AUGCCGGCAGAUAGAAGAGACUUUCUAGAGGUCCUCGUCAGGGUGGCAAGUGGAGUGGUGCAGCACCGGGUGUUGGUCUUGGGCGACUUCAAUGCAAAAUCUUUGAUAUGGGGUAACCCAGCCACAAAUGCCCGAGGACGAGAGGUGGAAGCCUGGGCCGUGUCGUCCGUUCUGUCCCUCCUGAAUAGGGGAACAGUUCACACCUGCGUGCGGCAGCAGGGGGGCUCCAUCGUGGACCUCGCCUUUGCCUCCCCUUCUUUGGCGGCCUGUAUAGUGGACUGGCGGGUGGAGCUGGUGGAGACGCUGUCAGACCACCGAUACGUGCGGUUUGAUGUUUCCAUCCCGGGCUUUCAGGGGGCCCAGGAGGGUCGGUCGCACUUCCCACGGUGGGCGCUCUCCCGCCUAGACCGGGAGGCCGCUACGGAGGCGGCUUUCGUCCAGGACUGGCUGUCCCCUCCUGUAGUAGUCCGGGAUGUGGACGCCACAGCGGCCCAUUUAAGGGUCUCCCUGACCGAGGUGUGCAACUCUAGCAUGCCUCUGUCUCAUCAUCCGCCUCCUAGGCGCGCCGUCUAUUGGUGGUCGGAGGAGUUGGGGGAUCUUCGGGCCGCCUGUGUGGCGGCCAGGCGGCCCUACACAAGAAGCCGGCGGCGGCGCCUUCGCGACCUCGACAACGAGGACCGCCUCUAUGCAGCCUACAUAGAGGCCAAGUCAACAUUGACGGCUCAAAUGGGCACAGCCCAGGAUCGCGCGAGGGCGGAGAUGCUUGAGGGUCUGGACAUGGAUCCCUUUGGGAGGCCCUACAAGGCGGCACGCAACAAACUGCGCCCGUACGGUCCCCCAGUUGCCGAGACCCUCGAACCGUCGUUACUGGAUGGGGUUGUUCAGUCCCUGUUUCCGCGCAGGAUGCACUCCACCCGUGAUGAGCGCCCCGCAAGGUGCGGCUCCAUCGGCCGAGGAGGUCCCGCCGGUUACGGAGGACGAGGCGGAGAAGGCAGUCUUCUGCCUCAGGGGGAAAAAGACGGCCCCAGGUCCAGACGGCGUUCCCGCAAAGGUGGUGGCCAUCACCGCCUCCCAGAUGGGAGAAAGGUUUCGGGACCUCUUCAGUGCGUGCCUGACGUGUGA